CUCAGUCCGUAUUUACAGAGUGACACUCGUCGUCAAGGAGAUGAUAUAAGAAUAAUCGGGCACAAAAUGGCAACCCAUCCAACAGGUCUAGACGAAUUGAAAAUAUCUUAUAAUGCUGUAUAAUCUGUAAUUGUGGACUUACAAUGGGCUAAAACAGAAAAGUUAUCGACAUUAUGAAAGGACUUUUGAUUAAUAAAGAUAUAUUUGAAGAGCGAUUGGCUUAUGAUGACAUUUUCACAGAGUACUUCAAUGCCUUCCUUCUCUUGCCUGCAUUUGCCAAGAUUGUUCAGUAUGACUCAAUAUCAGGCGCCUUUCAUGAUGUCCUCACCGACCAGGCCUCAUGGCAACUACAGCCAAGUGAGGACCCUGAGAAUGAAUCAAAGAAAAAGGAAAAAGUCAUGAAUUGGGUUAAAUCUGAACGAUUACCCCUUUUUCUCAAUACCAGGCUCUACCUCGAAUUCAAAUUAUGUCGCUUGCUUCUCCGCAAGUUGAGAGACUCCCGUUCAACUGCACGUGCAAGUAGUCGUGGCCUUGGGGGAUAUAGUCGCACUACAGGAUCCACCCCAAUCUCACCCACUGCACCACGCCCAUCAAGCCAUGUAUCUAAUCACUCAUGGCCAGGUGUCCCAAUGCGGAAUUGUGGGCGCCGACCUCUUGGGAGCGCAACUAGUCUCCCAGGAAUGUUGCUUUUAGGAAUGGAUACUGACAGAGACAAUGGGUUUGCAAAGGCUUUGAAUGGCUUGGGUGAAUUGGAGUUUGUUGAUGACAGAGAAAAAAAUAAAGUUUCUCUAUGUACUCUUGCACAAGAGAAAGACAACAGAAAGGUCGAAGUAAAUAAAGAGGAUAAACUAGAUUCAUCAGAAACAACCGGUCAGCAGGCUGUGGAUGAGUGUCACGUGCUUGGUCAAGAUGAGUCUGAGGGGGAGGGGGGUGAGGAUGAUCUUAGCGCUGUCAUGGAGUUUAAUGAUGAUGCCGACCUAGAUGAAGCUGAUAUCAAAAGCAUUGCAUCACGACACAACAUCACGUUAGAGGAACUCAAGGAACACACCCUGGGCUCACUGCGGGGAAUGAGUCUGUUCCGCAGUUUCUUGGAGGACACAGUAGGUAUUCAUCUCUACAACUUCUGGCUGGAUGCAGAGCACUAUAAAGACAGCCUCGUAUUCGACUCUGAAGACACAGUGCGCCAGCUAAGGUCGCAACUCUUCAGAGAGAUACUUGACAAGUAUAAGAACCAUUUGACACCUGAUGCAAAGGGUCAGAUUGAGCGUGCGUUGUACCAUGGAGGAGUCACACAGGAUCUCUUCACACGGACACAGUACGACGCUCUUCGUCGCAUGCGCUCCUACUGGGUACCCAGAUUCCUGGUCCAUCUGGAGCGAACCGAGGAGUUCGGCGAUAGCUAUUUCACGUACGUCAGCCCACGUGAAAAGCCUCCCUCCAGUCUCUUCCCGACUCUAACACUUGCCCACUCACUUCCUCCGUUGGGAGACUGGUGUCGAGAUAUCGUCCGCUCCCGGAAGUGGGACCGUGACCUUCUGAUCAAGGACAAGCGCAACAAGUCAGCUCGGAAAAGGCCUGGGUCCCCCCAGGGAGUGUCUAACGACCCUUUCCUCGAUGCUCUCAGGGCCGAAAAAGAUGCCGGGUGUCCAUUUAAGCGUUAUCUUCAAAGCAUAAAGAAAGACACGUUACUCCUGGCCCGCUUGUCUUUUUGGCUUGAUAUAAGUGAUUACUACGAAGCUGAAUGGCGAGCGCGGGAUCGAUACCUCAGCCGCUGCAAUGCUUGGAAUAUCUUCAAUACCUAUAUAGCACCAGGAGCUAGGCUUGGCAUUCGAUUUCAAGACAAGGAAAGAAAAAGAAUAGAAAAACUUCUCCACUCAGCAGAGGAGCUUCCUCUUGAUUUGUUCAAGCCUUCCGAGGAAUUCGUUGUGAACGAGCUCAGAAUCGUGUGGGAAGACUUUAAAGAUUUCGACAGACAAAGAUAUCAAAAGCCGUCAAGAGAUGCAAUGGAACAGUACCCUGAAUAUGAGAAAGGUGUUAGUGGAGCAAAGGACCUGGGUCAUUACUAUUCUCCAACCACCGGACGCUGGGUGAAAAGACAUCCAGGAUCAUCGCCUUCGGAGCGAGGUCGCCGUCUUUACACAUCACUAGCGAUGGCUGAAGAGAUUGACGCCGAUCGCUCGCUCUCCUCCUCGCCAAAGCGGGCGCCGCUAAUACCGUCGCCAGUCCGUGGCAAGAAGCAGUUCCGAGGCGCUGCAAAGCCUAAGAAGAAGACCAAGGCCGGAAAGAACGUCACUUUUGACAAUAAAAAGAAGGCAGCGACUGAUUCAGAUGAUGAAGAGGAUUCUAUGGACGCCGAAGUGAGCAAGCCCGGAAAACCACCUCCGCUACCCCCGCCUCCGGACUUUGUGGACGUUGUUGAAAACAAAGGGACGAUGUCGGCUUUUAAGCAGUACGUCCAGAACAUGGAGGGAAGGCAAGCGAUGAAUCAGUUAAUGAUGUACCUAGAGAUCGAGCAGUAUUACUCCAUCCUCCCCGCAAAGAAAAUGCAGAAGUCCCAACAAGCCACUCAUAUUUACAAGACGUAUUUCGAUUCUUCAUCUCGACGAUGUGUAUCUCUUCCAUCUCUUUUGGUCGCGAGUGUCGAAAGUGAGCGGCCGUCUUCACCUGUUAUGGCAGAGGCUCAACAAGCGGUGCUCAACGACAUCAAAAAUUAUUUCAAAACCUUUUUUAAGACUGCACAAGACGCUGGCUUUAAGCGUGAAGUUACUCCCAACACUCCUGGCCAGUUCAGUAAAGCAGACACCUUUGAGAGCUCGCAGAGCUUCCUGCAGUUCUACCGGAAGAGGUCCAAGAAAACAAAGAACACGGGACGAAUAGCGCCAUCUAAGGAAGACAAGGAGGAGUUUAAACGUGUCUUACAAUCCACACAUGGUCGACUUCCGGUGAAGCUCGAGUACUUCCGGCGGUACUUGCAGACUCAUGGGGAUCCUGAUGGAUUUUCGAAACUCGAAAAUGACUUCUUCUUCUACCUGGAGGUCCAAAAGUUCAAGGUCGGGGGCUAUUCAUCCUCGACCCGGGGCCUCGCGGAGAUCGGGCACACAGGGAGCGUAGCGCGAGAAAUUAAAAUACCGGAUGAGCUGUUCAGUUACAUGGACGAUGCUUCCGUGAACAAGAAAGUAGAAACCAUUAUCGAAUGCUUCCUCGAUUCAGCAACUCCACCAUGGCUACAGAUUGACAUCGGGACAGAGCUUGCCUCACGGACUAUCCACAAGGCUCAGGUCUUUCUAUCAUCUAAGCGAGUCCCCAAGGACCCGCGGGAUCCCGGUCUGUUUGACGAAGCUCAGAGCAUAUUAUUCAAAGAGUUACUGCCUUUCUGGGCGGGUUUCUGUAAGCAGUAUUCUACUCCAAAACCAGAUGAGCAAGGCGGUGUCAAACUUCCACCUACAAAACAUGAAAAGGCGUUACACAAGCGCUACCAGGAGUUCGUGAAGUACCAGACCGUCACGGACACCCUUGUACUUCCCCCUGUCGCGCCCACGCACGGCCAGUCGAAAACAGAAGUCUCCUUUUCUGUAUCUGAUGGCAUGCGGUGGAAGGAGCGUAAGGAUAUUGAUACAAUCAGCGUAACGUCGAGUGUUGAUAGCGGGAUGGUUGCAGGCGUGCGAAAAGAAAGCACGAUCAAUGGCUCAGUGCAGCACAUUGAAGUUGGUAGCUAACAGAACCGUUCUACGGGGAACAGUGGAAUCAGGCAAAUUAGCUUGCAAAUGCUAAAGGGCGUAGCUAUGCACGUGGCAACCACUUAGCAACCUUUGAGCUUAUACUAUGGUACUCUGGAGGCCUUUUCAGGAUUAUGUGGCCAGACAAUCACAUGACAGGCGAAAACAGGUUGACCUGUCCUCCACCAAUUCCUGCGGUAUGGCAAUGCCCAUGUAACCCAACUCAUGUACAUAACAGAGUCGAGGAAAUGACUAUAAACAGGGCUGUAUCAUCACAUUUAUCAUACGAGUCGAUGCAGGAGCUUUUAAAGCAAUCCCUGAGCUUGUUUUCCAAAUGUAUUUUUAAAUUAUUCCAACCAAUUUUAUCGGAAGACCUAGAUAACUAUUUUUAUAUAUUAUCAAAGAGAACAAUUUUGUACUUUUUAUACAGCUAUUUUUCUACUUGUAAUAAAGUUGUUAUUGUUUA